GAUCUCAAUGUAAUUUUCCUCAGUGUUUACCUUAUGAUAUUGUUCUCUGCGGAGUUCGCAGUUUUAAAUAUGCAGAAAACAAUAAUCUCAAGUAUUCAUGACGAGAGGCCCGACUUCAAGGUAGAAGGAUACUUUGUGACAGGGAUUGCCUACACUGUGUUCUCAGUUUCUGUGUGGCUGGCUCCUUCCAUCAUCAGUGUGCUAGGGGCAAGGUCAUCUAUGGCUCUGGCCACCAUCGGUUACAUUUUCUAUCUGAUGGCCUUCAACAUAGAGGAGGCUUGGACCAUGUACACGGGUGCUGUGGUGGUGGGUGUGAGCGAGGCAUUGUUGUGGACCUCGCAAGGUCAUUACCUCGUAACCAACUCUGAACCACACACUGUUAACCGAAACCUAGGCAUCUUCUGGGUCAUCUUCAGCUCUGCAGAGUUGUACGGCAACAUAUUCGUCUACUACAAGUUGGAAGGCAAGAAGUACAUAGACGCUGAGACACGUAAGACUGUUAUCUAUGUGAUGAGUAGCAUCGCAGCAGCUUCUCUACUCAUGUUCACAGUCCUGGGAGGCUCCAAGGACACUGAAGAUCACAAGGAAGGUCCUGUACAAGCCCUCAAGAGGACUUGGCACAUCUUCAACACUCCUGAUAUGAGGGUCUUGCUUAUCACGUUCAUGUUCAUUGGCAUGCAGCAGGCUUUCCGCAGUGGCAUCUACAGCGCUAGUGUCGGCUUUACACUCAAGUUUGGUGACUCGGCCAAACAGCUGGUCGUACUAUCUGGAGUGUUCCUUGGCACCGGUGAACUUGUUGGUGGAGUGUACCAGAUAUGGCUGAGUGGCUGGACCAAACGUCACAUGUUUGGACAAUGCUGGGUGCUUGGUACUGGACUACUUUGUCAACUCGUAGCUUACACCACCAUGUGCCUCAAUCUACCAGCAGACUCUGUCUUUGGCAACACACUGGACCAGUCCUACCUGGAUCCUAGUGCAGUUCUGGCGAUGAUGUGCAGUUUUCUCCUGGGAUUCGCUGACUGCUGUUGCCACACACAGGUGUAUUCUCUCAUGGCUGUCAUGUUCCCAGAGGACAGCUCACAGACAUGCGCCAUCUAUAAGUUUACCAAGGGUCUCAUGGUGGCUCUGAUGUUCUAUUGUUCCAACCACCUCAACCUUCAUCAACAAGCCGCAGUGCUCGGUCCAUGUGCUGUCAUCGCUAACAUUGCGUUCUACAAAGUUACCAAGAACGUCGUCCGAGCUGUUAGCCAACAAGGCAACAACGAUCUUCAGCUGGAAACUAUAAAAAAAGACAUCUCCGCCUCGUGACAGUUACUAAUGGAUGGCCAAAACUUAGAGAUAAGUAACCGUUAGCAUAGAUAAAAUCCUUAGUAGAUUUUCUCAUCCUUUUGGAACAGCUGAAGCCAAUUUUAUUGUUAUUUCUGUCCGGUGCACGGUAGAGAUUGUGUUUUAUUUACAAUUUGUUUCUUGUUAUUUCAUUAAUUUAAAUCCUCGUUUUAUCCAAAUAAAACGAUCUAAUCAUAAACAAUAACUCGUUCCCUAGUUAUAUAACCAAACAGUAAAGCACAAUUGAUGACAUUAACCCUCAAAUAAUAGAAACACAAUUUCUUUGACACUAGCGUCACCGGACAUGAACUAGACUCAAAAAACGAGCAUCCU